UUGGAAACAUUUUGCAACGCAUGGCUUGGUUUUAUGGCUGGACAUAUUAUAACCUCUUGCUUACUCCUGUUUUCCCCAAUUUGACCAACCCUACCUUUGAGGCAAACAUUCAGAAGUCACUGAACUUUAAAAACCUACUAAAUCAGAGCUUUACUGCGGCUCUUGAAUGCAACAAGUAUACCAAGUGAGCUUCUGAAGUUUAGAAUCUAAACUUUGCACCAAACUCACCGCAGUAACUGAUCUGAGAAGCUGAAGCAUGGCCGGACCUCCUGCUGUGAUCUGGGAGCGCGAGGUGGAGGGUCUGCUGCGGUACCGAGAGCUGGUUCCCCGGCUGGAGGAGGCUCUGGGGAAGUUCUCCAGCCGGGACCCCGCAGAGGUGAUCCAGCCUGUGCGCACCACCGUGCCGCUGCAGAAACACCACGGCUUUAUGGGAUUGAUGCCUACAUACAUGGAGAAUAAGGGAGUCCUGUGCGCAAAGUUUGUGUGUUUCUACAAGAGGGAGGACGGUUCAAAUUUGCCGUCCACACAGGCCACGGUGGUGCUGCUGGACCCGGAGUACGGGAACGUAAAGGCUGUGAGGAAAACCUUAUUAAACACAGGCAGGGAUCCCUUAAAGGUUAUGGAUGGAGAGCUGAUCACAAGGAUGAGGACAGCUGCAGUGUCAGCCAUCUCUGCUAAGCUGCUGAUGUGUCCUGAGGCAGAGGUAUUGGCCAUCUUGGGGACUGGCGCUCAGGCCAUGAGUCAUUACAACGUCUUCACAGAAAUGUUCUCAUUUAAAGAGGUGCGUGUUUGGAGCCGCACAGGUCAGGGGUCAGAGAGGUUUUGCCGCUCAGUCAGCGGUCCGGUGACCGCGUGUGUCUCAGCUGAGGAGGCGGUGAGGGGCGCAGACGUCAUAGUGACGGUUACCAGGUGUACAGAGCCGGUGCUGUUUGGGCAGUGGGUCAAACCAGGAGCCCAUGUGGCAGCGGUCGGAGCCUGCAGGCCGACCUGGAGGGAGCUGGACGACGUGUUGAUGAAGGAGGCCGUGGUGUACGCUGACAGCAGGGAGGGGGCGCUGACUGAGUCCGGGGACGUCAUCCUCUCAGGGGCCGAGGUGUUUGCAGAGCUCGGAGAUGUUAUCAAUGGGACCAAACCAGCCCUCAGAGAGAAGACAACCGUGUUCAAAUCCCUCGGAAUGGGAGUGGAAGAUGCCGUGUCCGCUCAGCUGGUGUUCGACCAAUGGGAAGCCAAAUCCUGCAAAUCAUGAAGUGGCCAUCUAUUUCAAUCCUGACCUGUUUUACCGUGUUUUAUUCUUAUAGAACUAAGAAGAGAAGUAAUGGGGCAGAAACCCUCCUUUUUACGCAGCAGUCCAGACAUAGACAUCAAACGGCGACACAUAUUCAGUUGCCAGUUACUUUGGCAUUGGGGCAGAGAUGUUCACAAGUCUUUUUUUGCAAGUCC